UCGGUUGGGUAAAUUCCAAGGAUGCGUUCGAUUGAGUGCUCGCUUGUAAAUCGAUGCAACAGUUCAUGCAAGCACUUUAUUAUAUAAAUUAAUCAAUUACACUUCAACACUUCAUCUUUUCACCAAACAUUGAAGACGGGAGUACCGAAAUCUUAAAGCUGUCUUCCACGUGACUUCUGGUGAGCUCAUCAUAAUAUAUGCUAAUGAUGUCCAGCUAAAGUAGACCUCUACUUCACCGACACAAUAUGGCGGGUUUUAUAGAGGAGUUUAUUUCUUAUGACUCGGAAAAGUAUGAUGAUUUGGACACUUUCCUAGAAAGGUACAGACCAUCUAAAACUAAAGGAAGGGAAGACCCUAGAUACAAUUUGUGGAUUCAAGUCUCAGUGCGCGAAUGUGAAGAAUAUGAUGAUGAAGAAGAUGAUGAAGAAGAUGAUGAUGAUGAUGAUGAAGAUGAUGAAGAUUUCAUACCUAUCAAAUGGAUAAAAUGCAAAAAGGAAUUUGAAAAGCUGAAACUAUCAAAUCAACUUACAUAUGAAAAUAUUAAAGCAAUAGCGAGGAAUAAUAAAUAUUUGUCUGGAAAGUGGCUUGUGUACCGGGAUGUCUGUGAAAUUGAUGCAGUCUGGAUGACAAUAGCCAAUGCAGUCGUAGCAAACAAACUUGGUCAAGCGGCUAAGGUCAGCUGUCGAGAUAGUCCGGCGAGUGACGACGGAAGUCACGUGAUCUGUGUCUACACAAAGGACUUCACUGACGUGGAUGACGUCAUGAGGGUGGAACUGAUGCUACGUCAGCUUGGAGUCACCGGGAGACUGAUGUAUAAACCCGACAUCUACACGAUACUGGGGAUAUAUGCGAAGAAUGAGUGGCAUUUAAGGCCAACGAUUUACAGCACCACAAACGACUGGCCUGAGAAGUAUAUUCCCAAGUCUGAAGCACAGCCUGCCAAGAAUAUUGUCUUCCACAAAGACUACUAUUCGUUUCUGAAGUGGUUUAAAUCGACUUGCGAACGUAAUCAGUAGUCUGCCAAGAGUAUUGUCUUCCACAAAGACUACUAUUCGUUUCUGAAGUGGUUUAAAUCGACUUGCGGACGUAAUCAGUAGUCUGCCAAGAGUAUUGUCUUCCACAAAGACUACUAUUCGUUUCUGAAGUGGUUUAAAUCGACUUGCGAACGUAAUCAGUAGUCUGGCAAGAGAAUUGUCUUCCACAAAGACUACUAAUCAGUGGCAGAAAAUCCAUUUAGGGGGACCCCAGUGACAUGAGGCGGAAUGACAAGGGAACUUUGGUGAAGGUUAUGAGAAGGAUCGUAAAAAAUAAUAAUUAAUAUAUAACAAUUAUAACUCACAAAAUUAGCAGCCCCCCCCCCCCCCCCCCCCCCUUAGAUCCGUAUCUGCUAUUCGUUUCUGAAGUGGUUUAAAACGACUGGGCCACGUAAUCAGUAGCCUGGCAAUAGUAUUAUCUACCACAAAGACAACUAUUCAUUUCUGAAGAGGUUUAAAUUGGCCUGGGCACGUAAUCAGUAGCCUGCCAAGAGAAUUGUCUUCCAAAACGACUACUAUCCGUGUCUGAAGUGGUUUAAAUCGACUUGAGCAUGUAACAAUAGCCAGAAAUGACUAUUUCAAUAUAUGAAGAAUACCAUUCGUUUCUGAAGUUGUCUAAAACGACUCGUGCAUGUAAUAAUAGCCUAGAAUGACUAUUGCCUUAGACAGAGACUACUAUUGUUUCUGAAGUGUGUUAAAACGAUUUGGGCGUAUAAUAAUCGGCAAGAAGUAUUGUUUUCCACAGAUAAAGACUACUAUUGUUUCUGAAGUGAUUUAAAGAUAAAAUUUGUUUUGUUUCAUGGCUAGA